GAAGAAAACAUAAAAUGGCGCGAUGCUGUGAGGACAGCUGUUAUUCAUCUAGGAGAGAAAGCAGAAAUAAUUUUGUUUAAACCAAGUCAUUUUACGUGAUUUUGUGCAUAAAAAUUUUGUUAUCGAAAGAUUUAAAAAUAAAUAAUAUCUUAUGAAAAAUAAAAAGAAAAAGUUAAAAAUAUAAUAAUCAUUUAAUUUAAAUGAUAAAACAAUUUGUACAACGAUGACAAUGGUAGUAGAUAUACAAUAAUUUGGUGGAGGUGGUUGUGCGAACAUCAGAGAAAAAACUUAAAGAAAUUUUUUAUAAGAAUAGUGAUUUCAUUAAUUUUAACAUGUCUAAUUAAUAUUAAUAAUAAUGACUUGAAAUUAAUUUUUUUUAAUGUAUUUAUCAGAAGAAGUGAGAAUACUUAGACGACGAGAGAAAAGAAAGAAAAAUACAAACAGAGAAGUAAGUUAAAGUUGUUCUAAAAAAUAUAAGCAACGCUUAUUUCUUAAAUUUAUAAAAAUAAAAAUAAAAUAAAGCAGCAAGACAAUUAUAUUCAUAAAUUUUAACUCUUUUUCGAUGCAUCCACAUAUAUAUCGAAUAUUUCGUUUUUGAAAUUUUCAAAGACUAGAAGGACUUACUUCCAUGCAUUUUCACAACGGUUAUUUGAUUGUAUUUUCGAAGUAUCAGAUAAUUUUCUGCGAUUAAAAGAUGACCAAAUAUCGUCCAGUAUCACAGCAAGUCUCCAGUGAUAAUCAUCAUUUUUACCACUGCUUUUACGAGGAAUCACUAUGAAUGCCAGAACUCAACUAUUUGAAUUAAGUAUGGAGGGCAGACAAGUGGAUGAAGCAGUAGCAAGUAUCUUCCACAGUGUUCUUUUCCAUCGAAGUCUUGGUAAAUUUAAAUACAAGCAAGAAGGUUUUUCUGAAGCUUUGCGUUCUACUGAUAGUCCAGGUUCUGGUCAAAUAUCCUUGGAAUUCUUUCAAAAGAAAAAAAAUCGUUGGCCCUUCCAACCAGAAUGCAUACCUUGGGAAGUAUGGACAGUAAGAUUGGAACUUAUUAAAUUAGCAACAGAACAUGAGAGACAGAUAUGCAGAGAAAAAGUUGGAGAUUUAUUAACAGAUAAGAUUCUUUACAUAACAGAAGUAAUGAAUCGACAUGACUAUCUACCUAAAAUGCCAAAUCAAGCUGAAUUGGAUUUGAUUUUUGAUACAUCAUAUCCUGAUAUACAACCUUAUCUAUUUAAAUUAUCAUUUACAACUUCUAGCCCAUCAAGUACAACAAUGGGUAAUACAAUGAAAAAAUUAAUCAAAGAAACAUUAUCCAUUUAGUUGUUUAUUAAUUUUUAUGAGAAUUUUUUUAGUAAUGUAUAUAUAAUCCAAAUUCAUUUUUGGUUAACAUUGUAAACUUUUCUUUGCUAACAAAAAAAUUAUUUUGAUUAUAUUAAAUUUUGCGUUAAAAUUUAUAUACGCAUCGAAUUUUCAUAUUCUUUUAGUCUCUUUUACUUAUAUAAACAUUUACUGUGUUAUAUGUUUUUAUAUGUAUUCACUUGCAUAGAACUUGCAUAAAGGACUUGAAGUCUAGAAAAAAACAAGUUAAUUAUAUAUAUUUAUGAUAAAGUGGGACAAAAAGCUAAAUCCCACAUAUCGAAAUGCCAUUUCUGACUAAUAUCUAUGCAAAUUUUAUGCAAAUAAUAUUUGUCAGAAAGAAAAGAAGCAAGCUGAUGUGUAUAUGUAUAUAUAUAUACAUAUGAAUGUAUAUAUAUACAUAUGAAUAUGUAUAGAUAUACAUGCAUAUACGUAACAUACACAUAUACAAUAUAUAUGUAUAUAUAUAUAAUUGUAUAAACUUAAAAUAUUUGUAAAAUUUCUAUAGUACAAAGGAACCAAUUGUGUAUAGCAAUUACUGUUUUGCGUAUAUACUAUUCCAAGAAUAUCGUCCACUGUAUAAGUCUUCUAGGUAAUCAGUUAUACAUUAAAUAUCAAAUAUUAUAUUUCUUUAUCACUUUAAAUUUUAAUUUGUUAAUAUUCUGGAUAAUAGCGAAAUGAUAUCUCGUUAUUAAUAGAGUGAAAUAUAACAUUCUUUGUUUUAUUUUUCUUUAAAAUUUUUUCAAUAGUAACAAAGAUAUACGGCUAUUGUAAGAACAUAGAGUAGUGUAAUGUGUUUAUUUAACAAAAUGAAAUUUAAAAGUUAAUAAAUUUGUCUUAACAUA